UGAUUAGACGGAGUUGACCGUUGAAGACAUGGCUGGGGGUAAUCAAGAAAGUAUAUGGGAUAGGAUAAAACACCGAACAAAAUAUUUGGUACGUAUUUGCUGUCAGAACACAUCGGCAGCUUUUAUCGCUGUUGCUGCAGUGAUCAUUAUUUUUCUAUUGGCAGCAAUUACUGUAAUUGCAAUAGUCACUACAAGAGCCGGAACAACUGGAACUAGCGAAGCAAACCAUUCAGAUACCAGUACGAAUUUCACCACUAUAUUCACCACCGAUGCGGGUUCUGCAUUUGAUAUGACGACUACGAUAAAAUCAGAUGGAAGUUCACUUGCGUAUACUGCAAGCGUUUUCGCCACAGAUAUGAAAAUUCAAUACAGUUCGAACAUUCCAACUACACUGGAGCAAGAGAGAAAUACAGAGCUGGAAGAAACAACUCUUGGUAUGACAACGAUUAAAUCAGACAUUACUACAUCAGAUAUGCCUACUACUAUUCAGAUGGCACCGACAACGGUUAUUUCUACUGCAGAGGUACUAGCAGAGAUUACUACUAUGGGCUCAGCUACUACUGAGAUGGGAAUACCAACAUAUAUUUCUACAACACCCGAACCAGCGAUCAGUACUACCAGCUCAAUUGUUACUGAUAUGGGACUGCCGACUGCUAUUGCUACAACAUUGGAGCCAGACAUGAAGACACAUGGCACUGUCACUACUGUCCAAUGGACACUACCGAGCGUAAGUACAAUGGGAUGGGCAACGUCGUCAAAGCCGUUCACUGACAUGAAACUAGCAACUGAUGUUUCCACCCAGUCGAUGUCUACACACAUCCAAACAACUGCAACUAUCUUAACAACAUCUAUUCAAGAUCGUCGGUACAUUGAUAUAGGGUGCACUCGAUACCGUGUGUACAACGAUACACAGUCAUGGGAAAGUUCAAAGAUACUCUGUGAAAAACGUGGUGCGGUGCUUGCUUCAUUAAGCACCAGUACCGUCAGCGAUGGUGUCAUACAAUUCAUCAUAGAUAAUAAUAUAGACGAUGGUUUGGUUGACUAUUGGAUUGGACUCAAUGACAUUUCACAAGAAGGGAGUUACAUAUGGAUCAACGGACUUCUCGAAACUUCCAAUGGGACGAUGCUGCAUGUUCUCGUAGCAAGGGUUACAUAUGUCAAAGAUGCCAUCAGCACGCACGUUUCAUCUACUGCAAUGGUCUCAACUACACCUGAUCCAGAUCGCCGGUACAUUGAUAUCGGUUGCUAUCGAUACAGUUUUCAUAACGACACCCAUUCAUGGGAAAGUUCUACCACACUCUGUCAACAAAAUGGCGCCGUGCUGGCUUCAUUAAGCACAAGAACCGUCAGCGAUGGUGUCAUACAAUUCAUCAUAGAUAAUAACAUAGACGAUGGUUUGGUAGACUACUGGAUUGGACUCAAUGACAUUUCACAAGAAGGGAGUUACAUAUGGAUCAAUGGUGACCCAUUCGUCUACACAAACUGGUCACGAGGCAAUCCGAAUAAUUUUAAAAAUCAAGACUGUGGUCAGUUGUGGACUUCUCGAAACUUUCUAUGGGACGAUGCUAAAUGUUCUCGUGACAAGGGAUACAUAUGUCAAAGAUGCCAUCAGUACACAAUUUAUACCUUCGCACGUUUCAUCCACCGCAAUGAUCCCAACCUCACUGAUCCAGGUAUGAUAGACUGA